CCUCAUUUAUAUUGUAAUGCGCUCCUUCAACCCUUCGGUUCGGUACGUCUAAGAGCUUCGCCUUCAGAUUUGAGUGUUGUCAUCUUGCAGCAUCACAUACCUUAUUGCUUAUUGACUACCCUGAACCUCGUCUAUCCUCGUAGGAAGGCGUGUCCCGGCCUUGCUCCGGUCAGCCUCCACGUCCUACAACUCUUUCAGGUUGCCAGCCUUGUUCUCGUCGACUGCCGGUACCGAUGAAACAGAUGACCGGACUCUGUUGAUCAUCAAACAGAAAAGGGCCAGAGACGGUGAUUAUUUGGGUCCUACGGCCUCGAAAGCAUCCUCAUCCCGGCCCCCUACAACUAUCCUCCGAAACCACCAUGAGGCCACUGUGGUUUUCAGCAGCGGCGCUGGCCCUGCUAUCACCAGUUCUGGGUCUCGCAAUGGAGGGUAAAUCAUUAGAGGAAAGAGAUGCGAAAACUACAGACUCGGACGACGAGCCGCAACCCACGAUUUUCAAUGCUCAGGAAGUGCCUCCCCUGGAGGAGUUGACAUUGGAUUCGAUCGAUGAGCACCUUCAGAAUGGUCACUGGUUUGUCGAGUUCUUCUCACCCAUUUGCCACCACUGCCAGGAACUGGCGCCAACAUGGCAGACGCUAUACGAGUUCUAUUACACCGUCGAUCCGUUGGCCGGAAUCUCGAAAGGCAACGCCGAAGCGCUGAACACCUUCAACCGAUACUACAAAUUCAACUUUGCCCGGGUCAACUGCGUUACGAACGCUGAUGCCUGCGCGGCGAAGGACGUGAAUUCAUACCCGACGAUCCGCAUGUACAAAGAUGGCAAGCAGCUGAAGUCCGUGACGGGAGUUAACAGUCUCAAAUUCUACUCCGACUGGAUUGAAGAGACAUUGGAAACCAUCCGGCCUGGUUCGCGACAGAGAGAAGGACUGCAGCUGCCCGACGUUGGCGCAAGCACCACCCCUGACUUUAAACCGCCCACUCCUGGCAAAAAGCCCGAGUCAAAGCCCGUGCCAACCAAUGAGUCCGGCAAACCGAUCAUUAGCCACCCGAAACCAGAUGCGAAUCCGAAUGGCGAAUCCAAAGUUCUCACCUCCGAGAGCUUCAAGACGCUGGUCACCGAAACCGGAGACUCCUGGUUUGUGAAGUUCUACUCUCCCGGGUGUCCUCAUUGCAUACAUAUGGCUCCAAACUGGGUAGAGAUGGCCCGUGCCAUGAAGGGAAAGCUUAACGUUGGCGAAGUCAAUUGCGACAUUGAGAGACAGCUUUGCAAGGACGCCAAGGUGAAGAUGUUUCCCACCAUCAGCUUCUUCCGUGGUGGAGAACGCGUCGAAUAUGACGGCAUGCGCGGCGUUGGGGACUUCGUAGACUUCGCCGAGAAGGGUGCUGAGCUCAGCGACGGAAUUGCCGAUGUGGAUCUCAAGGCGUUCGAGAAGAUGGAGGAGAAGGAGCCGGUUCUUUUCAUUUAUUGCUACGACCAUGCGACCACAACGGAAGACUUCGCGGUGCUGGAAAAAUUAACUUUGGCUCUCAUCGGCCACGGUAAACUGGUCAAAACGAAGGACAAGAAGAUGUUCGAACGAUUCAAGGUCUCGACUUGGCCACGACUCCUGGUCUCCCGCGAUACCAAGUCGAACACCUACGCGCCCAUCACUCCGAAAGAGAUGCGCGAUUUCCGCAAGAUCCUCACCUGGAUGAAGACGGUUUGGUUGCCGCUGGUGCCCGAGCUCACCGCGCAGAAUUCCCAUGAGAUCAUGGAUGGCAAGCUCGUCGUUCUUGGCAUCCUAUCCCGGCAACGCACCGAGUUCGAAACGGCGAUCCGCGAGAUUAAGAACGCAGCUGGCGAGUGGAUGGAUAAGGAGCAGCAUGCGUUCGACCUGGAGCAGCAGGAACUGCGGGAUGCGAAGCAGUUGCGGAUCGAGGAGGCGGAAGAUCGCAAUGAUGAGAAGAGUCUGAAGACCGCGAAGCUCAUCACCAUCGACAUGGAUCAGGUUGACCGGAAGAAGGUGAGGUUUGCGUGGGUGGAUGGCAUCUUCUGGGAGCGAUGGAUCCGGACUACAUACGGAAUCGAUGUCAAUGGUGGUGAGAGUGUGAUCAUCAACGACCAAGCCAACCGCCGAUAUUGGGACACCACCAUCACCGGAAACCACAUUAUGCCCAGCCGCACCUCGAUCCUCGAGACACUCCCGAAGGUCAUCGCCAACCCUCCCAAGAUCCCAGCGAAGUCCACCCACGGCUCCAUCGGCCGUGUCGUGUUCGGCAUCACCUCCUUCGCAUCCAACCACUCCUUCAUCAGCCUCGGCAUCGUCGUCGGCGCGCUGCUGUUGGUCUAUUUGACUAACAAGCACCGGGUUCGACGCCGGUCGCACGGGCACACCCCCGGCUUUUUCCACAUGAGCGAUCCGGAGAAAAUGAUGGGUGGGUUCAUGGGGGGUGGAGCGGCGGCAGGGAAGGUCGAUUAAGGUCGGCGUUUCAUGGUGCUAUGGUUGUAUGUUAUUGAUAGUAUUGUACAGAGCAUUGAGGCAGUUCGCCGCUCGGUAGGCUCGACAGGCAGGGGGUUCGCGGUGGCGUUUGGUGGAGUCGUGUUGAUUUGUUGCAUCGUCAGGUGUUGGAUCGGCUGCGGCCGCAUGGACUGUAUGAGUUUGAUAGGUACCUUUGCAGAUAUCUUUGUGACAACAUGGAGUCUUCCCGCUUCAUCAUCCCUUUUGAAUGUGAGCUGAAUACCUGUAUAGCCAGUGACUCGAAGGAUGAUGGCUCGGAGAUAUCGGUCUCGUCUCCCGAAUACACGAUGCGUAUGUCUUCGACAUAGUGGUAGACUUGUUGUUUUGUUUUGUCCACGCUCCGUCG